CCAUCAUUUAAAAAAGAAGGCCCAAAUAAAAUCCUUCCGCAACAAAGGAAAACCCUAACCCGAAACCCAUUGCUGCUGAAACUAACGCGCGCUUCCACCACACCCAAAAACGAAGAUCUGUGCUAUGCUCCAGCGACUGCUCCGUCGACGAUCUGCUCCAGUGACUGCUCCGGCGACGAUCUGCUUAGCAGAGUUAUCCUCCGACGAGAUUGUGUGCUCUCUUCAGAGAAGAUCUCCUCUCCUCCAGCGGCGGUUCUCCUCCGGCAACAAUCUCCGUAAGAGAGCAAGAAACUUCAUAAAACUAUAUGAGAUCUGUUGCGCGUUUCCUCCCACGAUCUUCUCCUACGGCGAUCUUCUCCAUCAACGCUUCUCUUCCAUGAGAUCUGUUGCGCAAGUGUUUCCUGUGGCAUCGAGUUGUAUUCUACGGCUUUUCCAUCUCUAUCGUGCUUCGUUGAGCAUCUGGGUUUUCGAUUUUCUUCCUUGUCAGAAGAAAUUAGAGAAAGCCAUGAAAUUCGGAAAGAGCCUGAGCAACCAGAUCAAGAAAACCCUACCGGAAUGCCAAGCAAUUGGACCCUGCUCCUAAGUCUGACGAUCGCCCUGCUAAACGCUCUAGGCUCAAGUCCCUCAGAGACUCUGACUCCGCCGCACUGGAAAUCUCCAAGGAGGAACUUGACUUCAGGAAUCUUCUUGAAAAAGACCUCGAGAAAUUCAAUAAAUUUUUAGUCGAGAAGGAGGAAGAGUACAUUAUCAGACUCGAGGAGCUUCAGGACAGGGUGGCCAAGGUGAAUGUUUCCAGUGAAGAGUUGAUGAAAAUUCGCAAGGAAAUUGUGGAUUUUCAUGGUUAAAAUUUACAAAAGAAUGUAAC